AUGGGCGGUUGUUGGGAGCGGAUGGUUCGCUCCGUCAAGGUGGCAAUGGCAGCCGUCGCAGACCACACGCAUCAUCCGAAUGAUGAGGUUUUGGAGACCGUUGUUUUAGAAGCUGAAUCCAUCGUCAAUUCACGCCCACUGACCUACAUCCCAGUUGACGACGCAAAUCAGGAAGCCCUUACACCAAACCAUUUCCUGCUCUACGGUAAUCAAGGAGUCGUACAACCCAGGACAGCGUUUUCGGUGGAAGGAGCAACAUUGCGGGACAGUUGGAAGCUGACCCAAUACUUAUCGGAUCUGAUUUGGAAGCGAUGGGUGCGUGAGUAUUUGCCUACGUUGACCAGGCGCACAAAGUGGUUCCAGCCUACGAAACCAUUGGAACCUGGAGAUGUAGUGUUUGUGGUCGACGAGAAUAAGCGAAACGGAUGGCUGCGAGGACGAAUAGUUAAGGUGUUCCAAGGAAAGGAUGGACAAGUUCGGAGAGCUGUUGUGCAGACCAAUGACGGGAUCUUGUCGAGGCCGGCUAUCAAGUUAGCGCUGUUAGAUGUCCGUCCAAACCGGCAGCAGCCUGGUGACAGGAGUUCCCCGGAACUACACGGGAGGGGGAAUGUAAAAGAACAACAGGGUAGUCAGACCAUGCUUGAAGCUGCAUUCGCUGCUGAAAAGACGUGGCCACUUAAUACCCAUCCGAAACAUCCAGCGAUACCGAUCGUACACGUUGUUCGGACGCAUACGGUAACGUAG